CCCAACAGCACGUCGAUCGUAGUUCCCGGCGACGAGUUGGCGCAGUUGACGGACACCGACUUACGGCACAUAUUGAGUGACUUCCGGGAGAUCGUGUUCGCCCGGACAUCGCCCCAACAGAAGCUGCGGAUUGUGGAGAACUGUCAGAGUUUGGGCCAAAUAGUGGCCGUCACGGGGGACGGGGUUAACGACUCGCCCGCACUCAAGAAGGCUAAUAUCGGAGUGGCCAUGGGCAUAGCCGGGUCGGACGUCUCGAAACAAGCGGCAGAUAUGAUACUAUUGGACGACAACUUCGCGUCUAUAGUGACGGCCGUAGAGGAGGGCCGACGCAUAUUCGACAACAUGAAGAAGACCAUAGGCUACAUAUGCGCCGGUAGUGUCACCACGUUAUACCCGUUCAUAUUCCUGGUCAUCCUAGGCCUGCCGCAAGCCAUUGGCACCAUUACUAUCUUAUUAAUAGCGUUGGGCACUGACCUCAUGCCCGCUAUAUCCCUGGCCUACGAAAAGGCCGAAAACGAUAUCAUGAGCCAAAAACCACGGCACCCGACCCGGGACAGACUGGUCACCAGAGCGUUGAUAUUGCGGUCGUAUUUUCAAAUAGGGGUCAUUAUGGCUGCCGCCGGAUUUUGUGGCUAUUUCUAUGUGUUCUGGUCCUACGGGUUUGAGCAUGGAGUUCAC